AUGCCUGUGUACACCGUGUCACACGUUCAAAACAUUAGGAUAUGUGUUGUGAUGGUUGGUUUACCAGCCAGAGGCAAAUCCUUCAUUUCUCAGAAAAUUGUCAGAUAUUCGUCAUGGCUUUCAAUCAAGGCUAAAUCAUUUAACGUUGGUAGUUAUCGUCGUCAAACUGAGGAACAUCCGGAUGCUGAAUUCUUUGAUUCCCAUAACGAAGCAGGGAUGAAGAUUAGACAAGAAGCUGCACUACAUGCUGUUAAAGAUAUGAUGACUUGGUUUAAUGAAGAGCAAGGUGUUGUUGCCAUAUUGGAUGCUACAAACUCAACAAAGGAGAGAAGAGAUUGGAUACUGAGACUUUGUAGAGAAAAUUCAAUUGAACCAAUGUUUUUAGAAAGUUGGUGUAAUGAUGAAAAAAUCAUUAAAAAAAAUGUCCUAGAUGUUAAAACUACUUCACCUGAUUAUGCUGGUCAAGAUCCUGAUGUUGCUGCUAAAGAUUUUAUGAAGAGAAUUUCAAAAUAUGAAGAUGUUUAUGAACCUUUAGAUGAGGUUGUUAGUAAAGAUUUAACAUUUGUUAAAUUGAUUAAUGUUAGUCAACAAGUUAUAGUGAAUAAGAUUGAAACUUACCUUGAGAGUCGAAUUGUUUAUUAUGUUAUGAAUCUUCAUAUUAAACCAAGGUGUAUUUAUCUUUCAAGACAUGGUGAAUCAAUGUAUAAUCUGGAGGGUAAAAUUGGUGGAGAUGCAGAUUUAAGUGAACGUGGAUUUAAAUAUGCUCAAAAACUACCAGAAUUGGUUAAACAAUUGGCUGGUGAAGAUCAUAAGAAAUUAACAGUAUGGACUUCAACUUUGAAAAGAACUCAACAAACUGCACAACAUUUACCAUAUAAUCAAUUACAAUGGAAGGCCUUGGAUGAAUUAGAUGCUGGUGCAUGUGAUGGAUUAACUUAUGAAGAAAUUGAACGUCAAUUCCCACAAGAUUUCAAAGAGCGUGAUGAAAAUAAAUAUGAAUAUCGUUAUAGAGGUGGUGAAUCUUAUAGAGAUGUUGUUAUAAGAUUAGAGCCUAUUAUUAUGGAAUUGGAACGUCAAGAAAACAUUUUGAUUAUCACACAUCAAGCAGUACUAAGAUGUAUUUAUGCUUAUUUCAUGAAUGUCCCACAAGAGGAGAGUCCAUGGAUGUCAAUCCCAUUACAUACAUUGAUCAAAUUAGAACCAAGAGCAUAUACUACACUAGUUGAAAGAUUGAAAGCGGAUAUUCCUGCAGUGAGUACUUAUAAGGAAAGAGGUACUAGUCAAUUGGGAGAGAGAGAGGAUGCUAAAAACAAAUCCAAGCAUUUAAUCACUGGUGAGCCUGUCAAGGUGAAGACACAAGUUGCAGCAGCCAAUGCUUCAGUCAACUAA